CCUCGCGCAUCCAAAAUAAAAACACGUGCAAUGGAUUUAGAAGGAGUGGAAAAUCUUUUAAAAAUCCUCGAUAAAAUCACUAAAAACAAAUCUAAUUUUAUCAAAGGAAAACAGCAAGAUUACGAUAAAUUGCUGAGCUCUGUGAAGGAUUUGACGGAUUUAUCCAUUGAAGGGGGAAAAUUACUGAGUCUGGUGGUGGAAAAUCUGGACCAGGAACAAAUCUUCCAGCAGAUAGAUAUCAAUAAUGAAGCUGUGAUCCCUGAUUUUGUUGAGAAAUGCGGAAGAAUUCUGAGGAAAUCUCUGGUAAGUCAGGAAGAUGAGGCAGAAUCUGAGGAAGUUUCAGGAGAAGAAGAGUCAGACAAAGAGGAAGAGGUAGAAGAGGGACCUGAGGAAGAUGAGGAAGGAUCUGAAGAGGAGGAAACUCAGCAGGAAAUUGAAGAAAAAUCAGGAGAUGAGAACCAAUCUGGUCCCAAGUCUACGUUUGAGGAAGUGUCCAGAAAGCUCAAGGAUAAGAUUUCAGAGCUCGAGGAAGAAGCUAUUCAAGGCAGGUCAUGGCAGAUGAAGGGAGAAAUUACAGGAUCAAAACGAGAGAAAAAUAAUCUCUUGGAGGAAGUUCUGGAAUUCGACUUGGGAGCACGGCCGCAGCCACAAAUCACAGAAAAGACGUCCAAGAGCCUGGAGGACAUUAUCCUCCAAAGAAUCCAGUCAAAGUGCUAUGACAAUGUCGUCCGGAAGGUCCGGAUGGAAGAUACCACAAAAUUCUCGAAGGAAUUGGUUCUGGAUCACAACAAAAGUUCAGUUCCCUUGAGUGAAUUGUACGAGAAAUCCUAUCUGAAGCAGGUUUCUGGAGGAGCGGAAGCUGAGGAGGAGGACAAACAAGCUCCAGUUAAAAAGGAAAUCACCAAGAUGCUGAAUUCCUUAUUUUCCAAGCUCGAUGCCCUCUCCAGCUUCUACCAUACGCUCAAUCGCGAUGGAAAGGAGCUGAAGAUUGUGUCCAAUGAUCCUGUGGCAGCGGAGGAUUGCCUGGUUCCAGAAUCUGCCAAUGAUGCCCAGCUAAUGGCUCCUCCCGAAGAAACUGCAGAUACCAAGAGGAAAAAGAAGAGAAAAGUAUUCAAGAAACCCAACACAGAGACCGGAAAGUUCCAGAGAUUGAAGGAAGACAAGCUGAAGAAGCGAAAAAUCACAGAUUUGGUUCCCCUGGAAGAUGCCCUGAGAGCCGGCAAGAAGAAGAAGUUUAAGUAGUUUAUUUUUUUAUUUCAAAUAAAUAACAAAGAAAAAUCGUACAAAAA